AUGGCUAUUUAUGCCAUAAGCAUGAAGUUUCAGUACAGAAGUAGGAAGUCUGAACCAGGGCUGAUGGUGCUUGAAUGUUGUGGUCUGAAUUGCCCAUGGAGAGUGUAUGCAGUGAAAAUUAAGGAUGCUGAUGUGUUCGAAGUUCGGAAAGUGGUAUCACAGAAUUCAUGCUCGAUAGAUGAGUGUGGCAGUUAUCAGACUCAAGCGACUUCAUCGGUUAUUGGAGAGCUAAUGCAAAACAAGUUUGGAAGCGCCGGCGGAGGACCUAAACCGCGUGAAAUAAGGCAGAUGAUGCGUGGUGACCGUGACGUCAAUAUUUCAUACUGGAAGGCAUGGCGUUCUAGGGAUGUGGCCAUUGAUAAAGCUAAAGGUACCACACAAUCAUCUUACCAGCUGCUACCAGGCUAUCUACAAAGGCUGGUGUCUGCAAAUCCGGGGAUGUUGACAAAACUCUACACUCAAACAGUUGAGGGUGGUGGCGAACGUUUCAAAUAUAUGUUUGUCGCUUUUGGCGCUUCAAUCAAGGGUUAUGAGUUCAUGAGGAAAGUGGUGGUGGUUGAUGGUACUCACUUGAAAGGAAAAUAUGCAGGGUGUUUACUGACUGCGUCUGCCCAAGAUGGAUUUGUUGAGUGGGAUGAUGAGUUGGUGUUUGUAUCUGAUAGGCACACGUCUAUAUACAAAGGUCUUAGUAAGGUCUAUCCGGGAGCAGCGCAUUGUAUCUGCGUGGUUCAUUUGAAGAGAAACAUAAGGUCGAAUUUUAGAGCUCGACACCUGGAGUAUCUUGUUGCUAAAGCAGCUAGGACCUUCAGAUUGCAGGAAUUCUAUACAACUUUUAACGAGAUUAAGACAAUGGAUGCGGCAUGUGCUGAGUACUUACUUGAUAUAGGGUUAGAGCAUUGGGCGAGAUCACAUUUCCCAGGGAAGAGAUAUAAUAUCAUGACAAGCAACCUUGCGGAAUCAUGGAAUUCUGUUUUGCGGGAAGCUAGAGAAUUUCCGGUAAUACAUUUGAUCGAUUACAUUUGUACUAAGCUCACAGGUUGGUUUGCAACGAGAAGGGAAGCAGCCCAAAUGAAUAGGGGUUCAAUGUCGCCAAAGGUCUCCGGAAUGCUAACAAAAAGUUUUGAGCAGACAGGUGGAUACGUCGUAACUCAAAUUGCAGAGGACGAGUACGAGGUGCGCAACAAGAACGGAGGAAGCUUUCACGUUGACCUCGAUAAAAAAACAUGUAGCUGUUACGAGUUUCAGGUGCUUGCCAUUCCAUGUUCACAUGCUAUAGCUGCUGCAAUCAAGGCAAAGAUUAGCGUGGAAUCGUUGGUGUUGCCUGCAUACACUAUUGAGGGACUAAGGUCGGCAUAUGCAGGGAGUGUAUUGCCAGUGCCUGACUACACAGGUAUGUCUGAUUUGGUUUCUGACUUUGGUGGUAUGAAAUUGUGUCCUCCAGUGACAAGACGCCCACCUGGGAGACCGAAGAAGCAGAGGUUCUUCUCCAGGGGAGAAAAAUAG